AUGGGGGGAAAGCAACGAAUUGAUGAAAUCCUGGGCAUAAUUUGCGGGCAGCGUUUUGGUAGGUCGGAUGAGCUUACACGGCAUCGGAGGAAGCACAAUAUGGAACCACCAUUUCGGUGCUCAGUUUGCCCAAAGUCGUUUUAUCGAACGGACCACCGUCUUGCCCACCAACGACGUCAUCAGAAGCGAUUACAAAGAAAAGCAACAAAUGACUCGUCUGCUGAGUUGAUGUCGAAUUCAUCUGAAGUUCCACCUCUUCAAAUGAAUAUGAAUGAUAUGCCACUUUUGCACGAGUUUGGAGAGACCAAAGUGUUGAACACUGUGUCGGGAGAAGUAUAUUCUGACUCACUCAGCCCUCAUUGUGCCCAGACUCACACAACUUACGACGAAUCGGUACUGUACACAUCAGAUUCUACUGUUAAUCAUUCGUUUGAGACCGUUCUAUUGCCGGUCAUGGAAUUGGCAUGGUUACUGGAGGAGCAAAGUUGUGCCCAACACUGCAGUGCCCUAUUCCAUUCAAUUCGUGGCUCUGCGUCAAGGCCACAAGGAUGGCGGAGACAGUUAGGUGCCAGCUUUUAUCGUUGCUGUUACGAUCCGACACACCAACGCCGCGAUUCCGCAAUAGAACUGCGGCAACUUGGGCUUGAUUGCCUGUCCUCACGACGAU